UCAAAUGGAUCGACCUGAAAAAACUAGUUAUCUUUGAUACCUGCCAGUCUUAAAAACCAAACAAACACAACUCGCAACAUACUUUAUCCGAAGCACCGGUGGUUAUUUGCCUUGCACAGAUCGUCAACGAUGUCCGGACUUGAAUCGUAUGUUAACAAUACGGUAUCCAUUAUUACCGCCGAUGGCCGCAACUUUGUCGGCACGCUCAAAGGCUUCGAUCAGACCGUGAAUAUAAUCCUGGAUGAGUCUCACGAGCGCGUUUAUUCUAUGACUGCUGGCAUCGAGCAAGUUGUCCUUGGAUUGCAUAUCAUCCGCGGUGAUAAUGUUGCCAUAAUUGGACAGUUAGACGAAAGCAUAGACAGCAAACUAGAUUUUACCACCAUACGCGGUAUGCCUCUAGAACCUGUAGUGCACUAACAAAAAGGAUUGCACAUACCAUGUUGAACUUAGCUCUAGUUCAUGCGAUUAACAUGGUUGUGUGAACAAAAAGGGAAGUAUGAAGAAAUUAAGCUUAUUUUAAUACGACAAAAAAUGUAUGGUACCGGUUUACCGCAAAGAAAUGCAAGAUACUCUCAGCGCAAAAUACGAAAUGGGGCUCUUUUCUUGAAGUGUAAAAUAAAAAAAAUACGCUAAACAUUA